CACACCUUCAAAUCCCUUAACCGUUUUUAACAUUUGGUCUAUCUUCAUUAUCAAUCUGCAUUACAAAAAAUAACUGUUACUACUUUAUUCGAUUCACUAUGUCUAAAGUUAUCGUUGUCGGUGGCGGACUUAGUGGUUUGUCAGCCGCGCAUACUCUAUAUGAUCGAGGUGCCAAUGUACUCGUUUUGGACAAGAAUCCAUUCUUUGGAGGAAACUCAACAAAGGCUACAUCUGGUAUCAAUGGAGCUGGUACAAACUCUCAAGCCGAAUUAGGGAUUCCAGAUUCAGCAAAAGUGUUUUUUGAAGAUACGAAACGUAGUGCACGUGAAUUGGCAAGGGAUGAUCUUAUCAAAGUUCUUACUGGAAAAUCUGCAGAAGCUGUAAAUUGGCUUCAAGAUAAAUUUUCUUUAGAUUUAUCAAAAGUUUCUCGACUUGGUGGUCAUUCUUUUGAAAGAACUCAUCGUGGAGGGGCCCAAUUUCCAGGAAUGACCAUUACCUAUGCUCAAAUGGAAGCUUUAGAAGAUUUGGCAGAUAGGGAUCCUAAUCGAGUUCAGAUCAUUAAAAAAGCAAAGGUCACGACACUACUGAAAGACAGUAGUGGGACAGUCACUGGGGUGGAAUAUGAGUUUAAUGGAAAAACUCAUACUGAGAACGGACCAGUGAUUCUUGCUACAGGUGGAUACGCUGCCGAUUUCUCGGCCGAUGGGUUAUUAGCCAAGUAUCGCCCCGAUCUGCUAAAGUUGCCAACUACCAAUGGAGAUCACUGUACAGGUGAUGGUCAGAAAAUGGCUCUAGCAAUUGGUAGUGCAGGAAUUGAUCUCGAGAAAGUCCAAGUUCACCCGACGGGCCUGGUCGAUCCUAAUGAACCAGAUGCCAAAGUCAAAUUUCUUGCUGCCGAAGCCCUAAGAGGGGUUGGAGGCAUCUUGUUGGACAACGAAGGCAAUCGUUUUGUCGACGAAUUGGGUCAUCGUGACUAUGUGACUGGAAAGAUGUGGGAAAAUAACAAAUUUCCUAUCAGAUUAGUCCUGAAUAAAGAUUCUUCGGAAGAAAUUCUUUGGCAUUGUAAACAUUACGUUGGACGUGGUUUGAUGAAAAGAUUUGAUACUGGUGAAGAAUUGGCAAAAGAGAUGGGAAUUCCGGUUUCAAAGUUGAAGAGCACCUUCAAUGAUUAUAUUGAAGUUGCCAGUGGGAAGAAAAAGGAUCCUCAUAACAAGAAAUUCUUCCACAAUUACAAUUUCACUAUGGAAGGACCAUAUCACGUUGCGUGCAUGACUCCGGUAUUACACUAUAGCAUGGGUGGUGUCGAGAUCGAUGAAAAAUCUCAAGUAUUGGAUACAGACAAGAAGCCAAUCCCGGGCCUGUACGCGUCUGGAGAGAUAGCUGGUGGUGUACAUGGUGCAAACCGAUUGGGCGGAUCUUCUUUGCUUGGCUGUGUGGUAUUUGGUCGUGUUGCUGCCGACUCAGCAGCAUCUUAUCUACUGCACUCUCUUGCCACAGGCUCUGGACCUGCUGCACGUCUUAAUCAAAUCCAAGGUCACUUGAAGACUAUAGUUGAGGUGCACCCUGAGUCCAAGAACGUCCAACUCACAUUUUCUUGGGAUGGCGAUCAAAGUCAAUCUUCGACCGGUCAGAGUUCAGGAAGCUCCACAUCGGCAGCUGCACAGAGCGCUCCCCCCAAAGAAACUCCGAACCAAGCUGGUCCUAACGGUCCAGGUGCCGGAAAAGCUGCUCCGAAGGAUGCAGAGCUAAAGACUUAUAGUCUCGAUGACGUUGCAAAACACAAAACGAAAGACGAUGUUUGGGUAGUGGUGAAUGGUGAAGUCCUGGAUGUCACGGCAUUCAAAGCUGAUCAUCCUGGAGGCGAGAAAGCCAUCAUGUUGUAUGCGGGACGGGAUGCCACGGAAGAGUUCAACAUGUUGCAUGACCCCAAGGUAGUCAAGAAAUAUGCUCCUGAUUCGAUUAUUGGAAAAUUGAAGUGAUCUUCCAGAAGUCCUGAUAUAUCGUUUUCUAUUUGAUAGUCUCCAGCCAUGCCUUGUACAACCUGACUUAUGAUUUCUUUAUUUUAGUUCACUUCAGUUCAGUCGCAUAUUUACGUUUGUUGUAGUUGUGAUGUCAUAUGUGUUUGCCAUAUUAAAUCUAUGCAGUUUUUGUUGUUGUAUCAAUUUGUAUGAGAGAGAUUUGCAGAAGACUAUACUGAUAUGUGAAAUGUGAUCAUAAUGUACAAAUAUCUCAUUAGUUGAUUCAAGAGGCAUGCUUCAAGAUCUUUUUACCUGUUCGGUCCUUUUGGAAUUUUUCUUUGUUCUCGUGGCGUAUACAUGAUCUAACAUCAUCUUGUCUGAUUAUGCAAUUCAAAAUUACAAGACUGGUCAGCUGAGGAGU